GCGAGCGGCGGCGGCUCCCCGGCUAGCGGGCGCGAGGACAUGGUGCCGUUCGCCCCGCUGGAGGACGCGGAGGAGCCGGAGCCCUGCCACAAAAUGGAGCUGUGCAUGAGUGGCGGCGAGCUGAAUGGUCUUAAAAUGGUGGAUGAGCCCAUGGAAGAAGGAGAACCAUAUUCUUACAAUGAUGAAGGAAAUGUGAAAGAAAUUCCUAUUACCCACCAUGUGAAAGAAGGGUGUGAGAAAGCAGAUCCCGCACAGUUUGAACUACUUAAGGUUCUUGGUCAGGGUUCAUUUGGAAAGGUUUUUCUUGUGAGGAAAAUAAUUGGUCCUGAUGCUGGGCAGCUUUAUGCAAUGAAAGUGUUGAAAAAAGCUUCUCUAAAAGUACGAGAUAGAGUUCGUACAAAGAUGGAGAGAGAUAUAUUAGUAGAAGUAAAUCAUCCAUUUAUCGUCAAACUGCACUAUGCCUUUCAGACCGAAGGAAAGCUAUAUUUAAUAUUGGAUUUUCUCAGGGGAGGAGAUGUAUUCACACGAUUAUCCAAAGAGGUUAUGUUUACAGAGGAAGAUGUGAAAUUCUACCUCGCAGAACUGGCCCUUGCUUUGGAUCAUCUACACAGCUUGGGGAUUGUAUACAGGGAUCUGAAGCCAGAAAACAUUUUGCUUGAUGAAGCAGGACAUAUCAAGUUAACAGACUUCGGACUCAGCAAAGAAUCAGUAGAUCAAGAAAAGAAGGCCUACUCUUUCUGUGGUACUGUAGAAUACAUGGCACCUGAAGUAGUAAACAGGCGAGGCCACAACCAGAGUGCUGAUUGGUGGUCAUUUGGUGUUCUUAUGUUUGAAAUGCUUACUGGUACGCUGCCAUUUCAAGGUAAAGAUCGAAAUGAAACUAUGAAUAUGAUACUAAAAGCAAAGCUUGGAAUGCCACAGUUCCUUAGCCCUGAAGCGCAAAGCCUUCUAAGGAUGUUGUUUAAAAGGAACCCAUCAAACAGAUUAGGAGCUGGUUCAGAUGGAGUUGAAGAAAUCAAGAGACAUCCUUUUUUUUCAACAGUUGAUUGGAAUAAACUGUUCAGAAGAGAAAUUCAGCCCCCAUUUAAACCUGCUUCUGGUAAGCCAGAAGAUACCUUCUGUUUUGAUCCAGAAUUCACAGCAAAAACCCCAAAAGAUUCUCCAGGAGUUCCACCUAGUGCUAAUGCGCAUCAGCUGUUCAAAGGAUUUAGCUUUGUUGCGACUACUGCCAUAGAAGAUCAUAAAAUUUCACCCCUCACCAAUAUAUUGCCAAUAGUACAGCAACUUCAUGGAAACAGUGCACAGUUCACUGAUGUGUAUGAGCUGAAGGAGGAUAUUGGUGUUGGCUCCUACUCUGUUUGCAAGAGAUGUGUGCACAUAGCUACCAAUAUGGAGUUUGCCGUGAAGAUAAUUGACAAAAGUAAGAGAGAUCCCUCAGAAGAAAUUGAGAUUUUGAUGCGCUAUGGACAGCACCCUAAUAUUAUUACUUUAAAAGAUGUGUAUGAUGAUGGCAGAUAUAUUUACCUGGUCACUGAAUUGAUGAAGGGAGGAGAGCUGCUUGAUCGGAUUCUCAGACAAAAGUAUUUCUCAGAACGGGAGGCUAGUGCUGUAUUGUACACUAUAACUAAAACAGUUGACUACCUUCAUUGUCAAGGAGUAGUGCAUCGAGACCUUAAGCCAAGUAAUAUUUUAUAUAUGGAUGACUCAAACAAUGCUGACUCUAUCAGGAUUUGUGAUUUUGGAUUUGCAAAACAACUUCGAGGGGAGAAUGGACUUCUUUUAACUCCUUGCUACACUGCCAACUUUGUAGCACCAGAGGUUCUCAUGAGACAGGGAUAUGAUGCUGCUUGUGAUAUCUGGAGCUUGGGUGUUCUCCUUUACACCAUGCUGGCAGGCUAUACUCCUUUUGCCAAUGGUCCCAAUGAUACUCCUGAGGAAAUCCUGUUACGAAUAGGCAGUGGAAAAUUCUCUUUAAGUGGAGGCAACUGGGACACUGUUUCAGAUGCAGCAAAGGACUUGCUAUCCCAUAUGCUUCAUGUAGAUCCACAUCAGCGAUAUACAGCAGAGCAAGUAUUAAAACACUCGUGGAUAGCCUGCAGGGACCAGUUGCCUCAUUAUCAGUUAAACAGACAAGAUGCACCACAUCUAGUUAAGGGGGCCAUGGCUGCCACAUAUUCUGCACUGAAUCACAAGACAUUUCAGCCAGUCUUAGAACCUGUCGCAGCUUCAAGUUUAGCUCAACGACGGAGCAUGAAAAAACUAACUUCAACAGACUUAUAGAUCCACUGGGGCAUCUUAGCCAAACUGGAGCAAAGGAAAAUCCAAUAAGUGGCUCUAUAUUUGCCUGACCUGUGAUCGAAAGACAUAUAUGGUUUCCUGCUACACUACUUGAAUUCUGUAAAAGUCCUUUUUUAAAAGAAAAAAAUCCACAGGUUCAGGGGGAUUCACACUGUGUUGUUUUACAGGCGGUGUCCAUGUUUAUUUAACUUAAACAUCAGGGUACGUCACAAAGAUCAUAAGGUAUUUCCAUACACUGUCCUUUCAGAGAUUUGUUACAAAUAUUCUUUGCAUACUGUAUAGUUUUGCUGGGUUCAUGAAGUGGUUUAGGGGACCAUUACCAAUAACCAAGUUGUACGUAAAAAGUGUCACAGUGUCGGUAUUUUUACCAUCAAAUCUAUUUGUAAAAAAUCCACAAGUUCUUACUUAAAUUAAUUUGUAAUUGGGCACUUACCAAUGGACUCCAUUCAUUUAACUCAUUGAUGCUAGAAGACAAACUGAUCACCUUAUUGUGCCAGUGCAAAAUGCAUUAGUGUUAAUACGGGAGUUCUACACUUGCCUGGUGCCAAGAAUUAAAAAGGUUUGUGUACAAAUAUUAAAAAAUGAGGUGCAUCUGAGACAUUGCACUUCAUCCAUAAAAUUUAAAUGAUUACUUGUGAACCAAACAACUGGAUAACAAGUGACCUUGUUUAGGGAACGAGUGUCUCUAAUGUGUAUUUCUGUCUAUAGCAGUGGUGAGCCCACACCGCUUCCUGCAGCUCCCAUUGGCUGGAAAUGGUGAACCACGGCACUGGGAGCUGUGGGCAGCCACGCC